GGAAACAGUUUUGGAUUUAGCCAAGUUUGUUGACAAGGGUAUCAAGAUCAAGCUCACUGGGCGAAGACAAGAAAGGUGAAAGGGAAGAGAAUGCAUUGACAAGUGAAAGUUUCGAAGAAAAAGUAACCGAACUUCCUGGAAACCAAGUGAAGCAACUUGAAACUAGCAGCCUAGUGGCAACAACUGUAUAUACACCACUAGAAACCGGUACCAGUAAACCAACCGAUGAGAGUGGAAUUUUUUAUCAAGCACUCUCAGUUACCAUGGUCAUUGCUGAUGAACACAGCAACACACCAGAAAGUUACAAGGCUGCAAAACCAACAGAACCUGAAGAAGAAACCAUAAAGAUUGGAGAAAAGGCUAUUGAGAGUGAAGUAUGUGGAAACAGUGUCCCCGAGAAGUCUGAAACCGACAGCGUCGAGCAGGGUAAGAAAGAAGCUUUCAACGUGUUGGAGAAGAACCAAGGUGAUGGUUAUGGUGUUACAAGCUCACAAGAUGCUGCGUGUGAGGAUAUAAAAGAAACAACAGAAGAACAUGCGCUCGUAGUGGCUGAUUUCAAGGAGCAGGAUCUGAAUGAAACGCCUAGAGAGUUUGUCAAGGAAGAAACAGAUGACAAAUCAGUUGAUGCACAAGAGGCAAGUGAACUGAGUGAAAUUGGAUCAAGGGACACAGAAGAACAAAAGUAUGAGGAAAGUGUCAAGAAAAUUGAGCAAGGUGUAGAGAUUGAAGAAACCAAGCCGGAUGUAGAAAUUGCAAAAAGGAGCAAAAUGGGUUAUUACAAGCAAUCACCCCCGAUGCUUGCGCCUCAACACAAACAAUACCUCAAGUAGAGACGACAGAACAUGAAGAAAAGGAACAAGUUGUCAACGUAUUAGAAAAAGAUCAAGAUGAGGAUGACGUUACACGCGCACAGGAGGUGACGGUUGAAGGAGGCUUACAAGAAAAGACCCACCACAAUGACAAUAAUGAACGUGAAGUUGUUGAAGCUAAAGAAAGUGUAGAGGAAGAUGUUGCGGAUGUUUGUGUCUCAACACAUGUCAAGGAAAGUACAAAUAUUUAGUUCCAUUAAGUAUGCUCUUUUGUAUUGUUCAUUUUAAUGUUUGGUUAUUUGUUUAGUGACAUUAUAAAUACGUUUUAUUGUUUUCUUUAUUAUGUUCUAUGGGUUUUUUAUUCC